AUGUGGUCAUUGUGCAAGUGUAUGCACAGACUGCAGCGUUGAGCUGACUUCAAGUCUUGAGGAAGCUGAAGUUAUGAAAUGGCAUAUAACAUCUGAUUGGGAGCUAGGUGUAGAGACAAUGAAAAAAGGUGAGAUAUGUACACUAAACUGCAAGCCGGAAUAUGCCUAUGGUAAACCUGGCAAACCCCCAACAAUACCACAGAACUCAUCCCUUGUAUAUGAAAUUGAACUGUUACGUUGGGAGGAUGAAAAAGUUACACUAGAUUCAUUGGUUUCCAAAAAGAUUGUGAAAAGAGGCAAAGGAACUGAUCGUGUUUGUGAUGGUGGGACUGUGCAAGUUCAUCUGGUUGGAAAAAUUGACAAGAGAAUCUUUGAUGAACGCGAUGUGCAGUUCAUUGUUGGUGAAGAUAAAAAUUGUUCACACUAUUUGAUAUUGCAAUGUACACAUGAAAUGGGAAUAGUUCUAACAUUAAAAUACCCCGUUUGAUUUCUUAAACUAUGAAUACACAUAUCAAAGCUGGUGAGUCUGAUGUUAUACCAGAGGUGGACGCCGCUGUUAAAACCAUGAAAAAAGAUGAAAUAUCAUUGGUUAAUUGU